AUGGGCUGGGAUGAGUUGGCCGACAAGGAGUUGAUUCGCCUGAAGGCCCAGGCCCGUGCAGAAGAGACUGCUGAGUGCUUUCGAUGUGAUUCGGAUUCCGACGAGGGCUCAGCCACAUGUGGUCUUUCUCAGUCCGAACGAUCUACUGCAUCUCAGUCUGACUGUGCAAACCCUUUCAGCUUGUGGUGGUCGGAAGCUUUGAAGACUGCUGCAGCAGAGCUAAAGAUUUCGUCAGCCACGACAAAGCUUGAGCGGGGAAGCAUCAACGCACUUGGGCUCCCAGCGAACAUUCUUGGCAUCUCGGAGACAGACGAGAGCUACCGGCGUUUCAUCGCCGUCAACCAUGAUGCCGUGGAAUGGUUGGUUCGUUUUGAGCCAGUGACUGUCAUCAUGGAGCAAGUCGAGGGCUUCGGAGAAGGCAACAGCGCACAGGGCUAUGCCAUAGGAGGGGUGUUGAUAGCUGCUGCAGCUGCUGAUAGCAAGUUUGUCAACUUGGUCCACUCCCAAGACUUCGUGCAUGUGGGUGUGCCUGUCUCGUUUGGUGCUCCUUCAACCUUCGGAGAGCUCAAUGCACAUAGCCAGACACAGCAGUUGGAUUGUUCCAUGCAGCAGUGCAGCAUCACUGAGGCACGAAAGGUGCUGGGGAACAUGAGUGUCAGCAAGUUUUCGAUCUUGCUUGACAACCGGAUCACAGCGUGUGAGUGCGCCAGCUGCUUGGCACAGCCUGAAUCCAGCCUGAGAAGGAAGCCUUGGGACGAGAAGCUCAAAGCCGUGUCGACCCUGCAGGCCGUCGAGGCUGAGUUGCCGGGACCCGUGAAGGGCAACAUCCUGGGAAUGUACAUCGAGCACGACAUGAAAGAGCUCCUGGAGACAGAGGCCGAGAACAGGAUGGUGAUCAAGGCUCACUCUCGGAAGCUGUGGCAGAGGCUGUUGCCACUCAGCUGUGAGUUGUUUUCAGGAGAUAGUGAGGAUGCACGGGACAGUUUCGACCCGACCAAUCCGUUUGCCCUGGCUGUCAGGAACUCCAUCCGUGACUCUGUCAAGACCAAGAUCUUCGACGGCAGCGAGGCCAAGGAGGAGAUCGAAGAGGAAGGGCAAGCUUUGGAAUGCAACCUCCUGGAGUCUUGCUUGGAUGCGAUGGGAAGCGAUGCGUUCUUCGCGAUGCUCUCCGAGCCCCAGAAGGAUGGAAAUCAGCAGAAGAUGUUUUUCUUCUUUGAAAUCCUCUUGCAGGCUUCUGACACGGAGCUUUUCGCAACCUCGUUGGAAGCAGAGCCAGGGUGGGCCCAGGACUUCAUUUCGAGGGUGAUCUUCGUUGGCAAGGCCAUCGCGGUGCUCUUCAGCCCCCACACGACGGAUCUUGCGGUGGACGAGAUCCUCAAAACGGCAGGGGCAGAGGCAAAAUCCGGACACCUGCCGCAGCACCACAUCCAGCAGCUGACACAGGUGGCCCGUGUCAAGGCCACCAACCAUGCUCAGUUGCUUGAGAAUCCAGCUGCUUGUGAGCCCUUGGCAGCCUCCCUGUCUAUCUUGCAACUUGAGGAGGGGUGCCUCGAUGAGCUUCAACGUUUGCGCCAGUGGAUGAAGGAGAACAGCACGCUGCUGAAGACGGGCCAGACGAAGGCGUACUUUGAGCAGCUGGCAGCGUCUGCAGAUGCAGAGGAACUCAGCUCAGACGAUGGAGCAUUGCCUCUGGAGCUGUUGAAGCAGUUCCCCAGCAAGAUCAGCAACAUUGGGGAACGCAUGGACGGCCGCGUCUCCGAGCUUCUCGUGAAAUCCCUGCCGCUUCUGCUGCGUGCUUUGAAGCACUACGCCGCUUGCCAUUGUUUUCAGUUCAAGGUUGCUGCCGAUGACAAGGAGCAGGGAGCAGCACUCCUGUCUUCCUGGCCCAAAGCUUUGAAGCUCUGCGAGCCCGUCCCCGAGAAUGGGUUUUUCCUUGCGCAGUGUGAGGUCGGACGCCUUGGAUGUGCUGUGCGAGCAGCGAUCAAAAAGUUGGAACGCAGUGGUGCGACCAACGAGGCCCGUGUGGAGGCAGACCGGGCCUGCUUGCUUCAAGGGUCAGCAGCCAAGGCCGUGUUGGAUUACCAGAGAGCUUCUGCAAAGGCUGACGACGAGCUUGGCAACUUGAGACGUGCGGGCUCGUCGAUGCUGAGCCGAAUCGAAGGUGUUGCCUUGACGAGCUUGUUCCAACAGGAUGUUGACAACACCAUCUUAUCGGAUUGCAUCCAGCUGCGGGCGGCCCAGAUCAUGAACCAGUGCCGGGUUGCCGGCGACCAGUUCGCGGACCAGAGCAUGGGCUUCCAUGUGCCGGCCUCCGGAUGGAAGAAAAGCAUCAAGACGGAGGCGACCCUGUCGGAUGUGCUCAAGCAAGCGGCCUUAACGAUCGGCACAUUGAAGGGAAACUUGGUGAAGACACGUUUGGACGAAGUGCUGCAGGAUGGGGUUUGCAAACCUAAACAAUGGCGGUUAUUAGUGGCAUCCAAAGACAUUCGCAGCUUCAUCGACAACUUCAAAUCCGUGCCGUUUCUCGACAUGCCCUCCUUGAAUGAGACAGCAUCCAAGAUCAAGGUGCUGCACACCCAAGGGGUCGUGCUGACAAUCGAAGCGUUGCUGUGCCAUGCCAUGAACAUCAAAGCCAAGGCCAAUGCCCGCGAGAUCGUCCGGGCACAGCUUGCAGAGCUUGCUGGCCGCAGUUUGUCCGAGGACUUGAUCGAGCCCACCUUGCUCAGCGAGGCCAAAGGUCUCAUGUCGUGA